AGGCCGCUAUAUAAAGGGCCCCGCGUCAGCUGGACUGCACAGUUCGUCAGCAGCCGAACACCAAAACACUUACAUACACACCGACAUGAAGCUGUUGGUGGUGUUGGUGAGCGCGGUGUGCGCCGUGAGCGCGCGGCCCGGAUACCUGGCGGGCGCCGGCCUGCUGGGUCUGGGGCUGCCCGUGCCGGCGGCCAACGUCGUGCUGGGCGCCGGCGGCGUGCCGCUGGACACCCCCGAGGUGGUGGCGGCCAGGAUCACGCACGCCGCGCAGGUGGCCGGCGCGCAGGCCGGCAUCCCGCCCGCAGCCGUCAUCCCGGGGGACACGCCCGCCGUCGCCGCAGCCAGGGCUACCCAUCUGGCUCAGGUAGCUGGCGAGCAGAUAGGAAUCCCUUCCUCCCUCGUGAUCCCUGGGGACACUCCCGCCGUUGCUGCCGCUAAGGUGUCCCACGCGGCGGCGGUGGCCACGACGGCGGUGCGCGACGCGACGGCGGCGGCGCUGGGCGGCGCCCACCUGCUGGGAGUGGGCGUUCCCGCAGUCGCCGCGGCGCCCGGCGUCCUGGCGCACCUGCACGCCAAGGCCGCGCUGCUGGGCUGACGGGAGCAUCACCUGCCGCCUUCUGUACAAACUGUCUAACUUAUGUAACGCUGCAAUUUUACAAUAAAUGACUACACUCAGCAAGUACAAAA